AUGGGGAGAAAAGAAGAAAGCAAUGAAAUGGAUAUUGAUCUAUCCCUCAAGCUUGACGCACAAGCAGAAUCCGAUCGAGUUGAAGAAGAAUUACUGAUCGCACAUAAAAGCGACGAAGAAGUAGAAGAAGAAGAAGACGAUGUUCGAAGGGAAAAUUCCAGGCUGGAAAACUUUAAGAGUACGGAAGAGAUAUCAAUUCUACAGAUGCAGAUGAAUCGUAUGAAGGAGGAGAACAAGAUAUUAAGCAAUGCUGUCGAACAAAUUAUGAAAGAUUAUGAUGAUCUUCAACUGAGAUUUGCUAUCAUCCAACAAAAUACUAAUCAAAAUAAGCUCAAAGGCGGCGAUCAUGAUCCGAGUCGAGACCCGAAAGGAAGGGCACUGUCAUCAGCAAUAGAUGAAGAUAGUACAACAGAAAGUGAUGAACUAGGGUUAUCUUUGACGCUACGAACCAGUUCGAAGAAAUUGGAGGAAGGCCAGACGAGGAAGGAGAAAAUUGAAGGUACGAUAGGAUCUGCAUCAAUUCAAGGUAAGUUACAAGGCAGCAAUAACUUUCCAGGAUUCAAUGCAAGCCAUGUUAGUUCUCCUCCAAAUAAAAGAGCUAGAAUUUCUGUCAGAGCCAGAUGCGAAGCUGCCACUAUGAAUGAUGGAUGCCAAUGGCGAAAAUAUGGACAGAAGAUUGCCAAAACAAAUCCUUGUCCUCGAGCAUACUAUCGUUGCACGGUAGCUCCUGGUUGCCCAGUCAGAAAGCAGGUGCAAAGGUGUUUGGAGGACAAGUCAAUACUGAUCACAACAUAUGAAGGAACACACAAUCAUCCACUUCCAGUAGGUGCAACAGCAAUGGCGUCAACAGCAGCAGCCUCCUACAUGUGUAAUCCAUUUAUGAAUAAUGAAAUAUCAACCUUAAACCAAACAAAUUUCCCAUAUUACAACAGCCCUCAUAUGAUAAAUCCGUCCUUUCCAUAUAUACCCAACCUAAGAAACAUAAACCCUAAUCUUGAUCCUGCUAAGGGAAUUGUUCUUGAUCUCAGCUCUUCACAUUCAGCAGAAAAAGUGGGCUAUUCUUGGAAUGGAAACACUCUUUUUAACCAGCUUAUUCCUGGCCCUAAACCAGUUGAAGAAAUAGGAUCCGAAGGUGAAAUUGCAGUGGCAUCAGAUCCUAAAUUUAGGAUUGCUGAAUGA